AAUUCCCCAUAGGGGCGUAGCGCAUUCGUGGGGCGGAAUAUCCGGGCCGUGGUCGAAGGCGACGGCGGCGUCCUGGCGUCAUCUCCAAAUCUCGGCCAGUGCCGCAAUUUUGGCUAUAAAUACAAAUGUCGGCACGCAGCUUGGCUUAAACUUACAUUGUUAUCCUAGUUCACAGCAUCGCUCGGGGUCUCCUCAACUUCGCCGAACAAAACACAUUCGCUACGUGACGUUGUUAGGACGGAAUCCUCAUCCUCCCACUCGCGCCAGGACAACUCCGAAACUCGAAACUCCAUCGAAAAACGCAAACCUCCGGUGCCACGCCCCUUGAAUCGACUGCAGACCCCAGAACGCCCCCCACCAGGACAACAAUGGGAGUGUUACGGAGGCAGGGAACUGGAAUUGGAAGUGGAAGUGGAAGUGGACACAGGUGGCUCUUGGUUUGGAUGACGGUGCUGCUCCUGGUCGUCCCACCUCAUCUGGUCGACGGCCGUUACCUGCCGACAAGGUCGCAUGGCGACGAUUUGGACAAGUUGCGUGAACUGAUGCUGCAGAUUUUGGAGUUGAGCAAUGAGGACCCACAGCAACAGCAGCAGCAGCAGCAGCAGCAGCAACAACACCCACAGCUGCGUCUCCACAAUGAGGCCAUCGGUGGCAGCAGCAGCAGCAGCAGCAGCAACAGCAACAAUCCACGCGUGUCCAACGGCAACUCCAAUGCCGCCUGGCUGCAGAAACUGAGUGCCAUGGGUGCCCUGGACGAGUUGGGCGGAGACGGAGUCCGAUUCGGGCCCAACUAUGGGCGUUAUUAAGCCCUCUGGCCCGGAGACACGGGAACACGGGAACACCUGACGACAACAGCCAGCACGACUAUGGACACGGAAACCAGGGGCAGGGGGAGCCAUGUUGCAAACGAAAAUGUUCCGAGUCCGAAAAGGGGACACUAGUGUCGCAAAUGUUCACAGGAUUAAAAUCCAAUUGGAACGAAAGCAAAGUGCGUGAAAAGGGACAAAUAAAUGGAGCAAAGGAUUGUCGGGGAAAUCUCUUUGAAGUACUUUGAAUGAGCUUGUGCCAUUUUGGAAUGUUGUGAAGGACACUUUGCAAAAUCACUUUCAAAUGCUUGAGACCCUUUAUAAAAUGAUAUUAGGGAACCUUUUGAUUCUUCCAUAUGCAAAACCUACUCACAAAUGUUAAUUUGAUUACAUGCCCUGUAAGUUAAUUGUAUUAUAUUUUAUGGACAGACAUUCCUAAUAAGUACACAUUUGAACAAUACAAUAUGUUAAUUUUGAUUUUUUAAAGCUGUGCAACAAUUUCUACAUAGCAUUACAUCUCCAGCAGAGAAGUGCAUCUUAAGUACAUAGUUCUGAAAUGUUUCAUACGAUUCAAAAGUUUGAACAUGGUUUUCCCCUACCCCGAACUGAAUUACACUUACUGGUUUGGAAUGCAAAAACGAUAAACAGAAGGCAAAUUCAGAAAUGAAAUGAAACUGGAAAACUUAAAAGGACACAGACAGUUCCUAUGCUAGAACAAUAAUUUUUAAAAUCCUUUGGGUAAGCCCGAAGUGUAAAAUGUACCUAUGUAUAUGUAUGUACCUAUGUGUUGUAGAGCAACCCCGUCCCUCUGAAAAAGAAAAACUCUGAAAAAAAACCCUUAAUGGUGUAGACUAAGUGCGGAUUUUCAACUUCUUUUUGCGCGGUCAAACAAGAGAUAAAAAAAUAUACAAGAGUGCGUUAAAUUGUAAAUAUUUUACCCCGAAAACCUCCACAAGCGCCCCACGAACAAUAAUAACUGGAGUUUUAAUGGGCCCCAAGGCUGGCCGGGCA